CUCAUAGCACGGAACAUCUGUGAAGAAUGAAAGGCUAUCUUCUUCUCCUUGUCCUUUUCGGCAUCUGCAAUGCGCAGUCCCGACUAGGUAAGAGAAUAAAUGUUACAGAGUAUUUCUACCAUCUCAAAAGGAAAAAAAAUUACUUUUCCUGUUUAACUCAAGUCUUUAGAAGUAGGCAGUUCAUGCAUGCUUGGACAAAAUACUUUUGUCAAUGUUGUUGGGCUCUACGCACUUGUUGGGCUCUAUACACUUUACCCCUUGAUAUGACAUGCACUGUUCAAAACCAGCUGCAUAUUCAGUAAUCAAUAAAGGGAAGAAUGGAAAUUGCAGAUAUAAUCACGACAUACACAUGCUUUUUUUUAUAACACACUUAUCAAGAGUUGUUACAAAGCCAAUAAACAUUUUAUUUAUGUUCCUUUUUUUAAAACAAAAACUGUGAGGGUAGGGAGCACCAACCCCUAUGGACCAGCCUCCAGUGAUCCAAUCUAUAUAUAUUGCUGGCAAGAUUCCUAGAAUAUGUUGAGAAAUGUACUUACUGUAAAUCACUUCUCCCUCACCUAACAUAAUGUCCAGAAAUGGAAAUGAUGGAUGCAGCAGUCUGGCAGCAUGCAACAUGUUCCCCAUCUCACAAUUCCUAGAAUAUCUGUGCAUCACUUGGGUCAGCACACCCACUCCAGACCUCCACAUUUGUUGUCAUUAUGAUUAUGACCACUGAUUAGCACUAAAGGGACACUAGAGUCACCAGAUCCCUGAACAAACCACAUAGGACACACAGUUCCAAAUGGUACUGACUCUGUGGGGUGUGAGGAUAAGUACCCUGCCUCCCUGGUACUCGAGCCGCUCGGUAGGGAGGCCGACAAACUCUGCUCCCUGUAGACCAAUUUGCCGCUAGGGAGGUAGGCCGGCUACUUCUUCUCCAGGGAGCUCAAUCUACUGUUGGGAGAUAGGCUGGCUAAAUCUAUUUCUUCUCACUAAGUUGCAAUCAGCCACUGAGGGGGGAGGCCGACUACCUCCACUCCCUGUAGCCCAAUUUGCUGCUGGUUAAAUAGGCCAAAUAAGCUAAACCUUCCAGAUGCUAAACUUGCCGCUGUCUACCAUCUCUCACUAGGUAACAAUCUACCAGUGGGCUGAAUAUCUCCUCUCUCAGAAUCUCAAACUGCCGCUGAAGGGGGGGCUGUUUAAAUCUUCUCCCUGUACUCUGCAGUUGGGGAGGGUGGCUUGCUACCUCUAUAUCUUUUUGCUGGGUUGAAAUCGGCCACUGGGGAGAAUGACUACAUCCUCUCCCAGAAGCUGCUGGGACGCAGGGAGGGUGGGGUGACAAUGGUCCACAUGCCAGGGGGUUGGGGAUCUGAGCCUGCUGACUAGCAUACCUGUGAUUCAGGAAAGGAGAAUUUGGUGCCCUCCACAUGUACCUGGCCAUCAUCCUUGGGUGUAAAAUCUAUUAAAUCCCCAGUCUCUAGGACCCGCUGCUGUACAGAGUCUAACAGUCUCCUGUAAUCCUGUUUAAUCUCCCACUCCAGGGUGGCAAUGUAGGUCUGAUCAGAUUCCAGGUCUGUUGCUUCAGCAAGAUCUAGGAGGUCUCUCAUAAGUUCCUGGUUGUCCCAGAGUUGGAAUACCACAGGGCUCCCAACCUCAGUCCCCUUCUCAAAGGCCUCCCACAAUAGCCCGGGGUCAACAUAGUGCUCACCCUCAUCAUCAGCUAGCCGUGGAUACUGCUGGACCGCAUACCACCGUAAGGCCCAGAAAGCAUUGUCGAUCCACAAUUCUGUUUCAACCACUCAUUCCUCCAAGGGCUGCUCUCCCAGGAAAGGUAUUCGCAGAUGUAGUUGAUCCUGAAAUCACUGUUCUGGGGUUGGGAGGAAUUUUCUCCAGAAUACCUGUACCUCCUUGAGCACCUCAUUACAGAGUAGCUUUUGGAUCCGGUCCCUCCAAGUCAGCUAACUCUCUCCCAAGACAGUGGCAUCAUACUGGGAUAGUCGCCACUGAAACUUACAGGUCUGGCACUUAGAUUUCUGCACUCCUCCAUCUGCCACUUCUCGGGCCUGGUUGGAACGGCAGAUCUGCCUCUCUUGGUCCUUAUCUAUGGUCACAUUCUCCGAGAUUAGAUGCACUGCCUCUAAUGAUGGAUUGUCGCUGAAGAAAGCCAAUCUCUCUGACACUAUCAUUUGGAACUCCUACUUGGACUAGGAUGCUGUAUGGGUGCUAGCUCUAUCCAUGCCCACAAGGCCUGAAAUAUGUGUAGGGGUCCCGGUGGUGGAAGCCAUCCCACCACGGCCACCAAAUGAGACAGAGCUCCUGUACUCUGACGUAGCACCUCUGCCAGGUCUGCUAUCAGGGAUCCUGGACUUCUUCCAUCCUGGACCAGGCUACAGCUGUAUCCUUCCAGGAAGGUAUUGUCCCCUCUACCUUUACCUCUUUAGCUACUGCCUUUACAAAUAGCCUUUCCCCACACAUUAAACGAGUCUGAAUGUAGGGGUAGAAUUAAUCUUUAGAGUAUGCAACACAGCUAUUUAUAUGGUACAAUGUUAACUGUCACUGAAGGGGGUCUUUAAUACAAUACGAUGUACUGCACAAUUGUCACUCCCCAGCACCACUCUGUCUGGUGACCUAAUCACAUUAUCCCCAACUACGUCAAUUGGCUCCUUGCUGUGCCCUCACAGUCCUAACGGUACAGCAUACAAGAUACCUGCCAAAAAAAACUUUCCCUAAACCAUACUGAUCAAAUAAUUUAUGCCUGAGAUACAGUGUGUUACAGUUUACUGGAUUGCGGCUUUUCUUCAAUCCAGUGAUAUAUGCCAGAUGUGGGAUGGCUUAGUCCCAGUCUUCAAAAAGAGGUUACCAGAUCUCUGGGGAGAGUAGCACUCUUAAGCCCCAGGUAUCCUUUGAUGUCUCUUUGUCUCACGAACCUCCCCUCCGAAUAAGCCUGUAUUUGGAGGUCAGAGGACUGAGCAAUAGCCGCUCAAAGUUUAAAUUUACCUCAGCACAGUCUUGAUCCAAAAAACAGUUUCAUGGUGGUUCAAGGUAUCUCCUGGUCAGACACUCGAAGUGUGAAAUUAGUCCAAGCCAACCCCAGAGGUCUGAAACCAUGACUGGGAAGCACAAUAAGCAUCCAUUGUCCCCCCCAAAGUGGCACUAGCCCCCUUUUGGUGGCUCUUGGGACUAGGCCCAUAGUCUUUGGGCAGGAGACUAGCCUUUAUGUCUCUGUAAGAGGCUGUGGCAUCUGAGCUUCCAUUACCUUACUCAUAUCUGGUGGUCUUAAACAUGUGCAAGAAGCAACAACGUAAUUAUGUUUAGAAUGUUUCUUUAAUCCAUUCCCAUUAUUACUUUUGUAGCUCAUCUCUGCACUUUUCUCGUCCUGUUAUAACAACUUGCUAUUCCUCUUUUUCUAAUAAAAGAACGCACAGCAAAUUUUGUAUUCUGAACCCAUUACUGAUGCACUAUAGAAUACAAUACAAUAACACAAUAAUCACAACUUCAGUCAUCUAAUUUUAGAAUAAAGUGAUUGUACCCUAUAAUAAUAAUAAUAAUAAUAAUAAUAAUAAUAUAAGCAAGACAUGAACCUAGGCAUUUGAUGUAUGUCUUGAUGUAUUUCAAGAAAAAAUUAAAAACAUGUUAAUAAUGUCUUCCGUACAGGCUCAUACAAUAUUGACAGCACCAUAUCAGUGUCUGGUAUUUCCUCCGGAGCAUACAUGGCAAACCAAUUCCAUGUUGCACAAUCCAAGAAAGUUAUUGGAGCCGCCUUGUUUGCUGGAGGUAUUAAUAAUUAAAUGCACAUGUAACUGUUAUAUAUUUUUUUUUUACAUUGUAAAUACUUCUUAGAAUAUUAUGUAUUUGGACUGGGUUUUGUUCUUUUUGUAAAGUGCAGCUUUGCGAAGUUAUUAUAGAGCAUAUGAAAAUACUUUUGACUUUACUGAUGCAUAUCUAAGUGGAAAUAUCAGAAUAUUAAAUAUAUUACCGUGACACCUUUUUUUGUAUACCUUCACCAUAUGUAAUUUGUUUGAUGGAGUUUUGUCUGAAUUCAGGCAACACUUAAGUUUCAUAUAGUUAUUUCUGAGAAAAAGUAUGAGACUUAAAGGAACAUUACGGGCACCAUAACAACUUCAUCUGGUACCACUUCCAAGAGGUCUUGAGGCAUCUUACCUCAACAACUCAAACCAUUUAUGAACAGUUUGCAAAGACAGUUCCAGUUUGUGUGUCCUCCUGGCUUACUCAUUGAAGCCCCAAAACAACAUGGAAAGCGCAACUUUAAAUGUUAAGAUGAGUUUGGCGCCGGACGAGAAUGGCCGCCUAAUCUCCUCGCUCCGCUCCCGACCGCCCCAUAAGCACAUCUAAACAGCGCAAUCUGGCACCCAUGGGACGCACCAAGCGAGCCCAAAUGACCCCCUCCACGCCAAGAACUCAGGGGAACAACCCGCACCCCUCGAUCAGAAGCUACCUGCACACCCCAGGCGAUCUUCUCACACAGGAGGAACUAUCCAAUAUGGCGCCCUCCUCACCGAGCUCCACACUAUCGGAAGAAGUCCCCAACACUGGAACGAACGGAACUGCCGCGCCAGCACCAGACUGGUAUGCCCUUUAUGCAUCCCUACCUAAGAAGGAGGACUUCCACUCCCUCCUGGAAGAGGUUAAAACCACGCUGCACACAGAAAUAUCAGCUCUGGGCUCCUCCAUUACAGCACUAGAGACCAGAGUGCAGGCCCUGGAAUCCCGACGCCCCGACCUGCCCUGCCCGGCGCUCGCAGCCACGACAGCACAGGCUAAACAGAUCCAGGACCUACGCUUACACAUUGAAGACCUGGAUAAUCGCAGCCGCAGACACAAUAUACGGGUAAGAGGAUGCAGGGAAACAGACCCCCCAGAAGACACGAGGGCCAUUUUGACACCACUCUUUAACCGUAUCCUGAACCGGCCAAGAGACGCCCGCAUCCCCAUAGACAGAGCACACAGGGCCCUGAGGCCUAAGCCCCCGCCAGGUGCCCCUCCUAGAGACAUAAUUUGCCACAUCCCAGACUUCCAACUUAAGGAAGAAAUUAUGAGGAAAGCCCGGACGGAGAGGUCCUGGAGGCAUGAGGGGCAGACGGUCGAACUAUAUAACGACCUCUCCCACCUCACCCUACAGGCCCGAAGAGCGCUGCGGCCCCUUACCACCGCCAUGCAGGAGGCCCAAAUACGCUACCGCUGGCAAUUCCCAUUUGCCCUAACAGCUCGGCGAGAUGACACCGAAGCCACGAUAAGAUCACCACAAGACGUACAAGCCUUCCAAGAAGCCCUUGGCCUCCCACAAAUGCCCAUCGCAGACUGGACAAAUUGCCCGAUGAAUGAGCGCUUCACAGGGCGACCAACCCGCCGCCACAUCCAGCAGGGACCAAACGCUGAAUUUAUCUCUCUACAGCAAGCGAGCCCAGAGGAAUAAACCUACCCCGUUUGCCUGAGAAAUCGCUGAAGACUCUACGCUGACAUUUUUUCUGGGAUCACAGGGCACCCCCCCUCUUUUUUUUUUCCUCUCUUCUUCCCCUCCUCUCUCCUCACUCCAUCAAGGAACGACGAAACAUGACCGGAAGAAACAAAGCUAUGGACAACUACACCAGCCGUCCAACAGGCCCAGGACACUCGUACAAAAUAAAUGUGGCCACCAGCAAACAUCUACACCACACUCGCCACUCCUCGCACAAGGAACCUGUCAGCGGACUAAGCUCACCCCUACACGACCAGAGAACAUGAGCCCCCGUCAAGAAGGACCCAACACUGCACAAGUACCCCCACGGGCAACUGAUAAGUGGCCUAACACUGCCACACAAUGGACUCCCUCCAGAAGAAGAGAGAACUCAAAAGCGCAAGUACUAUGCCAGGGGUCACAACGCCCCAAGACUAUACACCAACCACACGCUUUACAUAAAAUACUACUAACUGUGACGCAAAAACAACCCCACCACAUGGGGCACUCUCCCACGUACAUUAGCACGCCACACAGCCACACACCAUACAAAGGCAACAUACUGAAGCAGGGACACUCGUGAUAUGCUGAAGUGUGAUAUGCUAAUGUUCCUGCUCUGCUGUUCCCACACCACAGAUAGACAGCAUACACGGCAUACAGGCAUUUCCACUCAUGAGUACAACCACCACGACACAGACACUAAUACACAGGCACUGGAGGCGGCAGAGCCCGCAAUGCUAAAUACAGACUAUUCCAAGUCAAAGCUACUCGAAGUCAAAGCUACUCAUCUGUGUUCCUCUAUGUAAUCUGUGGGUAUUGAAAUGUAAACACAAACGCGACGGACAGACACCACGUCACGUACCUGCACAUCACAUGCAGGAGACAAGACAGCGACACGGACGAUAGGGACACUUGUAUUGCACUGACCGAUGACUGCAAGGCUAACUCAGGACUAGGCCUAUAACAGUUAGGUGCCCUCCCAACUACCGGAACACAAAACGUACCUAUCACAUAACACAUGGAAUAUCAGCUAUCAGAGAAGACUGACCACGAUUUGGGGAAUCACUUAGCAAACGGUAACAUCUCUAGCUCCUGACAUACGACAGCCGACUGCUCACACGAAAGACAGAUAAGCAAUCCCGAACUGAUUAUCCAUGAUGAUCCCUACCGAUUAAGUCUUACUGAACGACCACACCAGCUACCACCUUAUGGUGACAAUAGACGAGGCCUGACACACAAUGACUCUCACAUGACUAUACGGAAAGCCGAAUCUCCCCUUGGAAGAGACAGCUAGAAUACGAACUAAGACGAGUCUGAGCUGACAUACGGGCCCUCCCCGCCCCACCCUCCUCCCCCUGACUUGACCGAAUACCGUAAGACCCCGAGUGACCCACAGAACGCAAUCUCAGGACGACUAACACGGGAUGACCCCCACCUCAUCAGGGCAUACUCAAACUGUACGAAUUAGUUGAAUUGAAUUGAAUUGCAUUGAAUUGUUUUUGAAUGUUACAAAUGUUCUCUUAUACAAUGUUGAUCACUGCGUGUUCAUAACCUGCAAGUUGCUCUCCCAUAGGCCUUAACUCACCCUCAUCACCCGUAUCACACGGUAAGAACCAUACAAGGACCACCACUAAAACCCGCUCGCAUGCACCUUAGAUUAAACACACGACCUACCCUCAGAUGGGUGCCACACCGUCCUACACCGCAACACUCUGGGGCGGCGGAGGCCGGACGAGAACUGGACUUGACACCAACCGGCGACACAGUCACAGACGGGUGACCUACCCCCUCACCGGCGCCACCAACCCCACGGGUACACUGCCUACGACCUGCUAGGUAGCUACGGGAAGCAACUCCCCUAGACCUCUACCUACCAGCGGCACAUUGCCCCUUACUACUAUUACCCCAACGAGCUACAAAAACCUAAACUAGCUGCCCCACUACACACACCCGACUACCUUACACCCCUUCUCCCACCCCCUCCUUCCCUCGUAGACCCCUCCCUCCCCUCUCCCUUACACCCACCUACACCCCCCCCUGACCCUCGCCCGCCCGGGUCCACCGGCCGGUCCGGCCCGGGGGCGACACCCACAGCAUGGGCCCGCCCCACGCCCCCUACGCGGGCAGACCCAACUGGGACCACCUCAAACUCUACACGCUUAACGCGAGAGGCCUCAACUCUCCUCAUAAACGGGCCAGAGCGUUACGGGAACUCAGAGCACUGGGAGUGUCGAUAGCCUUCUUCCAGGAAACCCAUUUUCACGCACCACAGGCCCCGAAGUUCUCCAACAAACACUACCCCAACGGCCACUUCGCGCACAACCCCUCGACCAAAUCUAAGGGAGUAGCCAUACUAUUCUCAGCAAACACCCAGUUCCACCUGGAAGCAGAAGUAAGAGACACGGAGGGCAGAUAUCUCUUUAUUAAGGGGAAAAUAGGCAACUCCACACUCACGUUUGCAAACCUGUACCUCCCAAACAAAGGCCAGAAACCGUUUCUGGCCUCGGCCCUCAGAACCCUAGAAGAAUUCGGUGAAGGCACAAUCAUAAUUGGAGGAGACUUCAAUGCCCCCCUAGACCCCAAAAUGGACACGUCCAAAGGCGCAUCUACGAUACCAGGACACAUCCUCAGAGGAAUGAGGACUCUCCUCUCAAAUCACCAAUUUACAGACACCUGGCGCAUCCUACACCACACAGACAGAGAUUUCACCUACUACUCAGCACCACAUAGAUCCUACUCAAGGAUAGAUUAUUUUUUCACCCAACACAGAGACCUAGACACGCUGCUAGCAGCCCAAAUAGCGCCUAUGACCUGGUCAGACCACGCACCAGUAAUCAUCACCAUAGAACACCCCAAGCCCUUAAAACCGCAAUGGACGUGGAAAUUAAAUGAAUCGCUCCUGGAAGACCCACUAAUCCAAACAGACGUACGCUCCGCUCUAGAACACUUCUUCCUCACCAACAAGACACCUGACUCCACGCCGCCUACAAUAUGGGAGGCGCAUAAAUGCGUCAUUAGAGGGAUCCUUAUCAAACAUGGCACCCGCCUGAAAAAACAACGUACACAAGAAAUUGCACACCUUGUCACCCAGGUGGCCCAACUGGAAGCAAAACACAAACACACCCUUCAUGACGCCACCUAUAAACAACUUCUGGAGACUAGAGCGAAACUCAACUCUCGGUUACAAUCAAAGAUCCAAUUCCAGUUCCAACUCGCAAAAAAAACAUUUUACGAAUUCGGAAAUAAAAGUGGCAAACUAUUAGCCAGAGCACUGAGAGCGCGCAGGCAAAAAUGCCACGUCCAAAAGAUCACAGCAGCAGGGACACACAUGCUCACACCCAAAGCCAUAGCAGACGGCUUCCGACAAUACUACUCCUCCCUAUAUUGCUUACCUCUACACACUUCGCGAACAAACUCCACAGAAGCAACCUUCAUAGCUCGUCAGAAAGAAUAUAUAGCGCAGAACCUGACUUCCAAGCUCCCGCCCCGGGCCGUAACCGCACUGGAGGAAGACAUCACUGCCGAAGAAAUACAUCUAGCAAUCAAACUGGCCAAACAGGGGAAAAGCCCAGGACCAGACGGGUACACGGCAAAAUACUACAAGACGUUCGCAGACGCUCUCACCCCACACCUGCUUACCCUGUUUAAUGCCAUCCAUAAGGGGAACCCACUGGAUCCCAACACGCUCCUGGCCCAUAUCGUGGUGAUACCGAAGGAAGGAAAAGACCCGUCCUCAUGCACCAGCUACCGACCAAUAUCCCUGCUGAACACUGACCUCAAGCUGCUCGCCAAGGUACUGGCACUCCGCCUCCAACCCUUACUACCGGACCUCAUCCACCCUGACCAAGUGGGAUUUGUGGAGGGAAGAGAGGCCAGGGACAACACCGUCAAGGCACUCAACCUAAUACACGCAGCUGGACGAGGACACAAGCCCGCCCUAUUGGUCUCGACAGACGCCGAAAAGGCGUUUGACAGGGUGGACUGGUCCUUCUUAUUCUCCACCCUAGAGCACCUUGGGAUGGGACCGCACAUGCUGGCCCGGAUAUCAGCGCUAUACACCAACCCAGCUGCCCGAGUACAAGUAAACGGAAUUCUCUCGGAUCCUUUCGAAAUAAGAAACGGCACGAGGCAGGGCUGCCCACUAUCGCCCCUGCUAUUUGUCCUCAGCUUGGAGCCGUUCCUAAAUGCCAUCAGAACCCAACCCAACAUCGCAGGGAUCGAAGGCGGGUGGGGAGUCAGCAAGGUUGCGGCAUACGCGGACGACCUCCUGUUUACCAUCACCGACCCAGCAUCCUCCCUCAGAGAAUUAAUGCAUCAAUUUGACACUUAUGGCAUACUGUCAAACCUAAAAAUCAACUUCACCAAAUCAGAAAUCCUCAAUGUGGGCUGCCCCCAACCACUGGUAAACAUACUACAAAAUGACUUCCCUUUCCACUGGUGCACAGAAGCAAUCAAAUACUUAGGUAUCUGGCUGUCGGCAGACCUCACAGCCAGUUUCAGAAUCAACUUCCCACCCCUUCUUGACCAGAUUAAAAAAGACCUGAACGCAUGGCAGCUGCCACACAUCACAUGGCUGGGGAGGAUCAGCGUACUCAAGAUGAACAUACUCCCACGACUCCUGUACCUCUUGCAAACCCUACCCAUACACAUUCCCACCACCUUCUUCACCCAAGCCCGACAGAUAAUGACAGAGUACGUGUGGCAUCGCCAGAGGGCGAGAUUGAACUUCGCCACUCUCACGAGACCCAAACACCACGGGGGACUGGGCCUACCCGAUCUGACCAAAUAUCGGCGAGCCGUCCAUCUCCAGCGUCUGAUUGAAUGGACACACAACCCGGAAAACAAACUUUGGAUCCCGAUUGAGGCAAGCUUCUCACAGACCCCCCUAUCUCUUCUCCCUUGGCUACCAAAAGCUAUGACCAACGAACUACCACGACAACACCCAACCAUAAACGCUACUCUGGCGGUCUGGAGAGGCUUAGCGCGACACAGGGACAUGGCCCCGGAGCUAUCUCCCCUCUGCCCUAUCUCCCAUAACCCCAAAUUCCCCCCGGCGAUGGAACCUCGCUACGUCACAACCCUAGGGCUGCCAUAUCCAUGCAGACUAAAGGACAUAUACAAACAAGGCACGAUUACCCCUCUGAGAGACCUGGUCCCAGAUACCACGCACAACUGGCCACUCCGCUUCAGAUACCACCAGCUUACGAAAUUCCUGACGCACAUGCCCGAACUGAAAUCGGCAACACGAACACUCUCCACCUUCGAAACCCUUUGCACAAGCCCCUCGAUCCCACCACACGCAAUCUCACUCCUAUACACACUACUAAUCACACCUCCCACUGAUGCUCCCCUCCCUUACUUCACCAGAUACUGGGAAAAAGAUCUAGGACACCCACUCACCAGGGAACAAUGGACCACAGUGUUUACGCUCAUACACAAAGCCUCUAUAGCCACCAAAUACCAGGAAGCAGGAUAUAAAAUGAUCUCGCACUGGUACCGAACACCAGAGAAAUUAUCGGCAAUGAUGUCCACCUGUGAACCAGAAUGUUGGAGAUGCAGGAAAGAACUGGGAACCCUCUUCCAUAUAUGGUGGACCUGCCCACUCAUCAAACCAUUCUGGACGGAAAUCCACAAAGUCCUAGAGACCGUAACGGACGCGAAGCUACAACUUACACCCGAAACCUAUCUGCUCCACCUGACCCCGCUCCCCUUCAACAAAUACAAAAAAUCUGUAAUCCCGCAUCUCCUGAAUGCGGCUCGCAGCCUCAUUCCGAGACACUGGAAACAACCUACGGCCCCGACAAUCAAUGAAUGGAUGAUCAGAGUAGAAGACAUCAGACGUAUAGAGGAGCUCAUCCUCUCGGCGACGGGAUGCAUACAACGCUACCACGACACCUGGUAUCACUGGUCACAAUGGCUCACCUCUGCCACAGCGAUGGGAGACGGGGACUUACAGCCCUCAGAUACAGAAGUGGAAUUGUCCCCCCGGGCCGAGGCCGGAGGAGCUGGACCGAGACCUGGGCCGUCCCCCGCCUAACCCACCACUAACUCCCUAUACCUCAUCCCGCUUAACCUGAAACCACCCACACCCCCCGGUCCCCAUUCUUCAUUACCCCCCCCUCGCCCCCUCCUGAGCGACUCCGCCCACCUACAACCCUUCAGAGACAAACCAACACAGAGAUGAAUAAUCAUGACACAAGACAAACAACGCUCACCCCUCACUCCCCCCCAACACAGAUCGAACGACACGCACCGUACCCAUGACACACAACAGAGACAUACACAAGACAGCACGCCAGAGACAACACUCACGCUACACACAACACGACAACUACCGGGCCAGAAACCCCCAGCUUUCUCCCCCAGCUACCAGACGGCUCUGAGCGUAGCAACACUUAGACACACAAACCAAUGCUGCCAGUACACCCCACCCCACCCCCGUUCAUAACACUAACGGACCGGCUCCGAGCUCCAUACCCGAAGCCCCAACAAAAGACCCACCCCACUGGACCCCACCAACGCAACCCAGGGCAUAUAUCCCCACUAAAUAAGACCUCCACAUGUACACCCAUCCAACCAAUGAAACCCCACAUACUAAAACAAUAUGAGCAGUACAACCUGUUAGGUAUACCUAACCCACCCCCAAGAUAAACACUGAAUCACAUCCCCCACUAAAACUCAUAAAUCUGUAACUUACCGCAAAACUACCCACACCAUACCACAAAUGUUGAAUGAUUCAAAACACGCAACUGUUUCUAAAAACUCUGUUCAUUAUAUGCGCAUGGCCCGAUCUUCAGUAGCCAUGACGAUGGGAUCAACUCAGUGAGUUACCAAACCCCACGGCACUGAAAUACCCACAUACAUAUUUUAUAUCUUAUGUUUUUUAUGCCUAAACCAUUACCUGCUCUGUAAACUAACUGUUACCAUGCUAUAUUAAGAUGCCCAUGUACCUUCUACCUGCUGUAUCCUUCUUCAAACUGGAUUGUUACGCGAAUUUAAAUCAAAAUAAAAACUUUUUGAAUUAAAAAAAUAAAUGUUAAGAUGAAGUUGCCAUGGUGCCUAGAGUGCUUUUCUAAGUACUGAAAGUUAAUUAACCUACUGAUAUUGCCUCUGAAUUUUCACCAGAAAGAAAAAUCUAAAAUUUAAAAUAGUCCCUAAAUUUAUAAUAUAUUAAUGUCCUGAAAUUUCAAUAUUUUUGGAAAAGAACAUAUCAAAAACUAUAUAUUGCAAAACUAUAUAGGAUAUGAAUUAAAAUGGGAAUUGAUUACAUUUCAUACACUUUUUUUUUUUAAAAUCAUUCUCCAUAAUAUUACAAGAUUAUGAUGAACACACACUGAAAAAUAUAAAUACUAUUUAAUCUUUUCUACUUUGUUGCAGGGCCUUAUUACUGUGCAUCUGGAAACAUGUUGACAGCAACAAAUGCAUGCAUGAAAUUCCCUUCUAGCAUCAAUGUUAACUCUCUUAAAUCACAAACCCAGCGUUAUGCCAACAGUGGCCUGAUUGAUCCUGUUUUAAACCUUGCAAAUUCUAAAGUGUUCAUCUUUUCAGGCAGUAGAGAUUCCGUCGUAGUUCCAGGUAAGUAACAAAUAUUUAUAAAGAAUUAUUUUCUGAAGAGGUUUUGUGGAUAACAAUGUCGAAUCUGCCCUACUUUGUAAAAAGAAAUCAAGAGAAAUCAGCACCCUAUAAAGCCUGUACCUUUUAUAACAUGUAAAGCAUGCAAACAUCAGAAGGAUGCAUGUGUCCAGUGCUUCUCUGUGAGAAGCAUUCUAUUGGCACAGCUCAGAAAUUGCUGUUGGAUUGGAGAAUUGGCCCUAGAGCUCUUCAUUAUUGAGCAUCUCCCAAGGCAGAGAGGAGAACUAGCAAGAAAGCCGUCUCUCCACUGGAUAACAGAUAAGUAGUGUUGUUGGGUUUUUUACUUUAUAUUAAGAGGCAGGGCGGGAUGCACCUAAAUAUAUAUAUAAACAAUUGUACACUCCAAAAAUAACUUAGACAUAACUUAUUACGAUUAGUGAUUUACAUAAGGCUUUUAAAAAAUAUAAUCAAACACUGGUGACAGACAAACACAAAGAUUUUGCAGUGUAUCGUCAAUAUAUAAGUGUCUAAAUAGGAAGGUCAUUUUUAUCAUUUUCAUGUUUCCCCUAGGUGUGGUGAAAAAACUGGAGGAAUAUUACUUAUCCUAUGUGAACUCUGGAAACGUUCGAACUGUGUAUGAUAUCCCAGUUGAGCAUGGAAUGGUGAGUGCAGGUUAACAGGGAAAAUUACCUUAAUUACAUUUUUAAAAAGCACAUGACAUUGGUAACCAGACCUACCCUUAAUCCAGGAACUUUAUAAGAAAUCUACACUGAAAAACCUUAUAGAAUUCCCUCAAGUUAAAUAGUCAAUCAAGUCACAGCCUUUGUAAAUAUACUCUUUGACAUUUAGCAUGACAGAGUCUAGAACAUUUAAAUUACACAUUGCUUUACCUAAAUGUCUACCAAAUGUCCAUUUUCCUGAAGUAAUAAAACUAAACAUUUUACACUGAAAGUGGUUCAAGUCAUGUUGCAAAAGGAACAAUACAUAAAUUCUGUGGCUCUCUCACACAGUAUAUCCAAGAGCAAGAACUUGUUUGCAUCUUUGGUCACUUCACUUACAACUUUCCUCUAAGUCCUAAAAAGGAACAAUCCAUGACCAUCCAUAGUUAAAUCCCUUUACUAGUAGGCUUAGACUGGCUAUCAAUCAAAAGUGUCUGGUUUAAUCUAGCCACAUUGAAAUGGAGAGUAUUUCAUCUUAAGUUACUUAUUGUUUUGAUGUGCUGAACUUUUAUUUUAUUAUAUGUUUUGUUUUAGCCCACUGAUAGCUAUGGAGGUGCGUGUGGAUCAACCAAUAGCGAAUAUAUCAACAAUUGUGGCUACAAUGGGGCUUAUGAGGCUCUGAAUCACAUCUAUGGAGGACUUAGAGUAAGCAGACCAUUGCAGAAUCAGUACAUUUUACAGAGAAAUUAAAUUCAAUAAAACGAAUAUCUUAUACUAUUAUUAUUUUAUUAUUUUUAGAAGCCAAGUAGUUCUGCUGGACUAACUGGACAGGUAUGGAAACUCAUUAUAAUAACCCGAGAGGGUAUAGCAAAGAAACCCACAACGUAUACUUUUACAGAAAAUGUUGAACACACAGUAUAUUACUUAUACCUUUGUAUGGAUUUUUAUUGUAUGCAUUCACAUGCAAAGGAUGAAACGCAUUAGGAGCUCAUUCACUUUUAUUCAGCUCUUUUUCUGCGUGAACUUUCAUUAUUAUUAUUAUUAUUAUUAUCGCCAUUUAUAUAGCGCCAACAGAUUCCGUAGCGCUUUACAAUAAUAUGAGAGGGGUAUUUAACUAUAAAUAGGACAAUUACAAGAAAACUUACAGGAACGAUAGGUUGAAGAGGACCCUGCUCAAAUGAGCUUACAGUCUACAGUAAGCAGCAAAUAGUCACUUUUUUGUUAAUGACCAUGAUUGGGUGAUUUUUUUCCUCUUUGGGGAAACUGACAGGACCUGUGUGUGUCAUUAUGACCAGGAACUGGAAUUUUUCAUGCACCCAUUAGCAAGAUGCAAUAGAUAAUCUAAAAAAAUACUGUUAUCUUAACUUUACCCAUUCCAGUGCUGUGUCAUUUACUGCGGUUUCACAGCAGAUUGCAGAGUUUUUAGGGUCUCACUCAGAGUUGGUUAAAUACUGUACUUAUACUGUAUUUAUUUCAUGUCUGCAGUUGAUCCUGUUCGAUCAAUCAGAAUAUUUUAAACUGGCUCCUGCCGUGUCUUAUGGGAUGGAUACAGCUGGAUAUGUGUACAUUCCUUCCUCUUGUCAAAGUAGCACAAGUAAGUACAAUCUUAAUUGAAUUAAAACAUUUGCAGGACACAUACCCCCACCCCUCCUUGCCAAAUGUGCCUGUCUUAAGAUAUUUUAUUAAUUAUUACUCACCCAUUUCUUGCUAAUCUUUUUCACUUAAUAAGGUUUUGGAAACUCUCAGGAUAUGCACCAUACUGUGAAUCUGGAAUGCACAAUGGAAUUUCAAAUUGUAUUUAAAACUAGCAAACUGGAAACAAUUCUCCAAAUAAACUACGUUUCAAGCACAGCUCUUUUGACAAUAAAUUUACAGUUCCCUAGUGAAUUUCUAAGAGUUCACAGUUUACUAAUUAAAGGGACACUAUAGUCACCUGGACAACUUUAGCUUAAUGAAGCAGUUUUGGUGUAUAGAACAUGCCCCUGCAGCCUCACUGCUCAAUCCUCUGCCAUUUAGGAGUUAAAUCCCUUUGUUUAUGAACCCUAGUCACACCUCCCUGCAUGUGACUUGCACAGCCUUCCAUAAACACUUCCUGUAAAGAGAGCACUAUUUAGGCUUUCUUUAUUGCAAGUUCUGUUUAAUUAAGAUGUUCUUAUUCCCUGCUAUGUUAAUAGCUUGCUAGACCCUGCAAGAGCCUCCUGUAUGUGAUUAAAGUUCAAUUUAGAGAAUGAGGUACAACUAUUUAAGGUAAAUUACAUCUGUUUGAAAGUGAAACCAGUUUUUUUUUCAUGCAGGCUCUGUCAAUCAUAGCCAGGGGAGGUGUGGCUAGGGCUGCAUAAACAGAAACAAAGUGAUUUAACUCCUAAAUUACAGUGAAUUGAGCAGUGAAAUUGCAGGGGAAUGAUCUAUACACUAAAACUGCUUUAUUUAGCUAAAGUAAUUUAGCUGACUAUAGUGUUCCUUCAAUGUAACCUUGCUAGUUACUAUCGUCCCAAAAUAAAUGCAGGGGGAAAAAAUACUUCUUAGCGAGUACAAACUCAAUUAUGGUUUCUGUUACAUGCUGACAUAAAGCUGUUUUAGUCUAAAGUUUAUAUUUUUUUAGGAUGCAGACUACACAUUGCUUUCCAUGGCUGCCUCCAGGGAAGGUAAGUUCUUUAAAAUAUUCAGAAUGUUAUGGACAUUUAUUAAUUUUAAAAUUAUUCCAUGAAAAUUUGGUUUUGGCCCCAAAGCUGGAAAAUCAUCUGGUAUUGUUUUCCCACUAAUAAGAUCCUGUGGCUAAGGAUAUUAACCCAGCUAAUACAAUUGGCAUGAGGAGAUUGUGAUUAUUGAUGGAUUGGUCAAUUGUCAUGCUCCCAUUAAAUAUUAUUCUAUUGUUUUAAUAAACACAUUUUAAUAUGCAUUUUAUUAAUUUAUUUUUUAAGAAAUGUAUAAUAUUCUGCAGAGUAAGCAAACUACACUUUUAAAGUGGAAUGUUUCCUGCACAUUUUGUUCUGAAAAUUGUAAUGGGGAAUGGGGAAAUUUACUUAGUCAGAAGUCAGGAGACUUCUGAAAGUGUUCAUUUCCUAGGCGAUUAUUUUUAGAAUGAAAAACAUAUACCAGAAUUAUAUCAGAAUUGUAACGAACAGUGAAAAGAAUAAUCAUUAAUAUUAAUAUGGAUAUUUUUAUUUUAAAUGGUGAGACUGGAGGCAUGGCAUGAUGAAGUUAUUCUAGUUUUAAUGGAUUUUAAACAGGGUUUUUUUUUACUGAAAAGAUCAUUUAGAAAAGGACUGACUAAUUUCUUCAUAGAAUGUGACGGCAGAUAAGAACCAUUCGGCCCAUCUAGUCUGCCCAAUUUUCUAAAUACUUUUAUUAGUCCCUGGCCUUAUCUUAUAGUUAGGAUAGCCUUCUGUCUGUCCCACACAUGCUUAAACUCGUUUACUGUGUUAACCUCUACCACUUCAGCUGGAAGGCUAUUCCAUGCAUCCACUACCCUCUCAGUAAUGUAUUACUUCCUGAUAUUAUUUUUAAACCUUUGCCCCUCUAAUUUAAGACUAUGUCCUCUUGUUGUGGUAGUUUUUCUUCUUUUAUAUAUAGUCUCCUCCUUUACUGUGUUGAUUACCUUUAUGUAUUUAAAUGUUUCUAUCAUAUCACCCCUGUCUCGUCUUUCCUCCAAGCUAUACAUGUUAAAAUCCUUUAACCUUUCCUGGUAAGUUUUAUCCCGCAAUCCAUGAACCAGUUUAGUAGCCCUUCUCUGAGCCCACUCUAAGGUAUCAAUAUCCUUCUGAAGAUACGGUCUCCAGUACUGUGCCUACCUUUAAGUCAUCAGAAAUAAUCACCCCUAAAUCCCUUUCCUCAUAUGUUGAGGUUAGGACUCUAUCAAAUAUUCUGUACUCUGCCCUUGGGUUUUUACGUCCAAGAUGCAUUACCUUGCACUUAUCCACAUUAAAUGUCAGUUGCCACAAUUCUGACCAUUUUUCUAGUUUACUUAAAUCAUUUGUCAUUUGGCUUAUCGCUCCUGGAACAUCAACCCUGUUACAUAUCUUAGUAUCUUCAGCAAAAAGACAUACCUUACCAUCAAGACCUUCUGCAAUAUCACUAAUAAAAAUAUUAAAGAGAAUGGGUCCAAGUACAGAUCCCUGAGAUACCCCACUGGUGACAAGUCCAAGCUUCGAAUAUAUUCUAUUAACUACAACCCUCUGUUGCCUGUCACUCAGCCACUGCCUUAUCCAUUCAACAAUAUUGGAAUCCAAACAUAAAGAUUGCAGUUUAUUGAUAAGCCUUCUAUGAGCAACAGUGUCAAAAGCCUUACUGAAAUCUAGGUAAGCAAUGUCUACUGCACCACCCUGAUCUAUAAUUUUAGUUACCCAAUCAAGAAAAUCAAUAAGAUUAGUUUGGCAUGAUCUCCCUGAAGUAAACCCAUGUUGUCUCUGAUCUUGAAAUCCAUGUGUUUUUAGAUGUUCAUCAAUCCUAUCCUUUAACAUGGUUUCCAUCACUUUUCCCCACUACUGAAGUAAGGCUUACUGGCCUAUAGUUGCCCGACUCCUCCCUAUUACCUUUCUUGUAAAUGGGCACAACAUUGGCUAACUUCCAAUCUUCUGGGACUACUCCUGUUAACAAUGAUUGGUUAAAUAAAUCUGUUAAUGGUUUUGCUAGUACACCACUAAGCUCUUUUAAUAGCUUUGGGUGUAUUCCAUCAGGUCCCAUUGACUUAUUUGUCUUUACUUUUGACAGUUGAAAUAGAACCUCUUCCUCUGUAAACUCACGUGUAAUAAAUGACUCAUUUAUCCUUUUUCUUAACUGAGGUCCCUUUCCUUCAUUUUCAUCUGUAAAUACAGAACAAAAAUAUUCAUUGAGGCAGUCAGCUAGACCUUUAUCCUCUUCUACAUACCUUCCUUCUUUUGUUUUUAAUCUAACUAAUCCUUGUUUUGCUUUUCUUUUCUCAUUUAUGUAUCUAAAAAAUGUUUUAUCCCCCUUUUUUACUGACUGUGCUAUUUUCUCUUCUGUGUGUGAUUUGGAAGCUCUUAUAACUUGCUUAGCCUCUUUCUGCCUAAUCUUAUAGAUCAUUCUGUCUUCCUCACUCUGGGUUUUUUCUAAUUAUAUUUGUAGAUAUUAGGAUUGAGAGGGUGAUGCUACAUUCCCGUAACUGCUAUUCCCACAUAUGAAUUACCCCACUAUUUAUCUGUGAUUCAUCCCUUCUCAUUCUUCUACCAGUUAUGGCUUUUCCAUAUGCCCUUCUUGUUUUUAGCUGGUCCCCACAUAAUGGUGCCAGACAACUCUUUCAUACAGGACAGGUUUCCUCUACUGAUAGAACACUCCAUCUUCCAUCAAGUCUCAGAUCAUUUGCUGUCAUUUCCCAGAAAACAUGCACUGUUUUUGAACUAGUGGUUUUAGUUAAAUAUCCUUCUUUAAAUAUGUAUCUGUAUUAUUUAAAGUACUUGUUAUCACAUCUCACCUUGGCCUUUUUAUGGAUAAGUAGGAAACAAAGUUAGGAACAUUUUCAAAUAAAGCUCACUGGGAAAUAUCCAUGAUAUCCCUCUUUGAACGUCAUAUAUAACUUCAAUAAUACUGUAUUGUGCCUCUUGUAAUUACACAGCAGAAUACCAUGCAUAAGUGAUACCUAUUAGAGAUGUAAAACGUAUAUCGGAAUUAUAGUGCACUGCAUCUUAAAGAUAACUCAUUCCCCUUUAGAUUGUAAGAUUGCAAGCAGAGCUCACAAAAUCUAUGGUAUAAUUUGUGUCUAUCUCCAAAUCAGACUUUUGCUAUUAAGAGAAGACCAUACUGUUAGGAAUACAAAUAUGUAAUCUUAAAGGACCACUCUGUGACGGAACGCUGGCACUCCGACUGAGUACCUCUGCCAAUCGAUGCUCCUAGUGCUCGCUGAGGACUCCAAGCACUCCAACCGACACCAUCAGCACUGCAGACCCCAGUUCCAGCGAUGCAACUGCGCCGGGGUCUCUGCUGUUUCCACCCACCCUGGACCCAAGGCCAGGAUCCAGCUUCCAGUGGGUGAACCUCUCUUUCCCCAGAGAGCAGGAACAGGAACAAAUGAAGCUAUUGCAAGAGCUUCCUCUGGGGAGUAAGUGAUUAUAGCAAUCCCCAGAGUGUAGGUAUCCCUUCCCCCAAACAUGAGCCAAGGCUUAAUGCUGGAACAAGACUGAUUUACUGGCACACAGAACUCACAAUUUAUGCAACACAAAACUCCUCCUCUGGGCCAGGCUAGAUAAUUGAGUUUCUACAAUACACAAAGCUCAAUUAUCUGCUGGCCAGAAAUAAUACAGUUUCAUAAAACACACAGGGACCCCAAAACAUGCAAUAACCCCAUAAAAAGUAUAUCCUUGGAACCGGGGGAUCUGGUUGAACCACAUAUCCAAAAUUCACCCAGAUCCGUUCAGUACUUUGGAAAAUACAGUUUAAUGCAGAUUCUGCAGAACAUAUACAGGCUAAAUUAAAAACAAUCACUGUAUAAUGUGUCCCCUGCUGUAUAGUCUAAAACCACUGCACGAUGUCUCUGUGCACCAAAUACUGGCGAGAUGGCACCGUGUUGAAAAGUCCAAACAGUGUCUGUGAGUUAAAAUGGCCGCCAUCCAUUGUUCUCACCAUGUGCUUCUGAUACAGGAAAUGGUGGCCACCCAGUAACUCCACAGUAUGUCCCCAGAUGGUUCUUAAAGGGCCAGCAGCAGCACAACACAAAUCCAUUAUGCCCAAAUCAUGUCUUUAAAGGGCAAUACAAACCAGGGGCCAUAGUCACAGGGCAAGAGGCGGGCAAGCAGUCCUCUCCAGGCACAAGUGGCGAAGGGCACUUCGUCACACAUCUUCCCUUUGGGGGGAAGACUAAACAGGUACCUGACCUUCUGCCGGUCAGUACCUAGAUUAGUCGGGCAGCCCACCCACAAAGAAAAAUACGCAGAGUAACCCCCCCACAAUAAAUGGUACUGGCCUGUAGGUUCAAGUUUGUAGUGGGACAGCGCAGCACUCUCGGUCUCCCUGGUGCAGCUAGGCAAACUGCUGGUGUUGCUUGGGGGGCAGAGGCCAGCGGCGCUCUGCCCUGCUGCCAGCUCUUCCACUGGGGUAACCCGUGGUAAGUCAGGCUCUGAUACAGUGGAAAAGGGGGGGCAGAGGCUAACAGAGCUCUGCCCAGAGGCCAGCUCUUCUGCUGGGAGGUGGUCAGUGGGUAUCGCAGGCUCAUCCACUGCCCCCAGGACCCGGUUGGGAUGUAGCUGGGGAGGGGAAGUUUUGCUUACCUCCUCCUCCUGGCAUCCCUGCGGGGUUGGUUGGGGAUCUGGACUGCCCGUCCAGCCUCCCUGUAGGACUGGCACAGAGACCGCGGUCCCAUCUGCGCCAGUGUGGUUAGGUUUGUCUUCCCCCUCUCCCGGUAUCUCUGGCUGCUGUUGGAGGGGGAGGCUGGUUGCCCCCACUCCCCAGGACGCUGGUUGCUGUAAGGUGGAGGGAUCGACCAUCACCUCCUCCUGGAACUCAGGCCGCCGCUGGGGAGAGAGACCAGUUGUCUCCUCUCCCUGUAUAUUAUGCUGCCGCUGGGGACCUGGGCUGGCUGCCCAGCAUCCCUGUAGGGCCGGCAGAGAGACUUCGGUCCCAUCUCCGCUUGCCAUCUCUGUGUGUCCCCAGGACAAGUCUAUGAGGUCGCCCACCUCCGGCUGCUGUUGGAGAGGGAGGCCGGUUGCCUCCCCUCCCCAGGACGCUGGUUGCUGUACGGGGGAGGGAUCUACCAUCACCUCCUCCUGGAACUCAGGCCGCCGCUGGGGAGAGAGACCGGUUGUCUCUUCCCUCUGUACGGUGCACUGCCGCUGGGAUGGGAGGUCGCUGCUCUCCUCUCCCUGUAACUCACUCUGUCGCUGGAGACGGGGUGUCAAUACCCCCAAACUCCACAGUUGGUACUCGAAGUUCCGUGCGUCUUGGUUCUCAGCACUCAACAUGCGCAUCACUUGAUGGACCACCUCAUCUGAAGGGUUUGGGCCAAACCAGACCAGCCGCGCCUUUACUUCCUUCAUGAAAUCAGCACCCUCAUAGCACUGUGACAGGCGGAUUUGCAAUUCACUGGCUGCUGUCCAGGGUCUUGCUAGCUCCAUGUUGCUGUAGGUAGGGACGCUGCGCAGAGGCUAGCGUUGCCCUCAAUUAUAAAUCCGUAACUCCACACGUUACCGGUGUCUCCGAGCUGCUGGUCCUCGCACUAGGACGCCAUCCCGCCGCUGCCACCAUAUGUGACGGAUGCUCCUAGUGCUCGCUGAGGACUCCAAGCACUCCAACCGACACCAUUAGCACUGCAGACCCCACUUCCAGCGAUGCAACUGCGCCGGGGUCUCUGCUGUUUCCACCCACCCUGGACCCAAGGCCAGGAUCCAGCUUCCAGUGGGUGAACCUCUCUUUCCCCAGAGAGCAGGAACAGGAACAAAUCAAGCUAUUGCAAGAGCUUCCUCUGGGGAGUAAGUGAUUAUAGCAAUCCCCAGAGUGUAGGUAUCCCUUCCCCCAAACAUGAGCCAAGGCUUAAUGCUGGAACAAGACUGAUUUACUGGCACACAGAACUCACAAUUUAUGCAACACAAAACUCCUCCUCUGGGCCAGGCUAGAUAAUUGAGUUUCUACAAUACACAAAGCUCAAUUAUCUGCUGGCCAGAAAUAAUACAGUUUCAUAAAACACACAGGGACCCCAAAACAUGCAAUAACCCCAUAAAAAGUAUAUCCUUGGAACCGGGGGAUCUGGUUGAACCACAUAUCCAAAAUUCACCCAGAUCCGUUCAGUACUUUGGAAAAUACAGUUUAAUGCAGAUUCUGCAGAACAUAUACAGGCUAAAUUAAAAACAAUCACUGUAUAAUGUGUCCCCUGCUGUAUAGUCUAAAACCACUGCACGAUGUCUCUGUGCACCAAAUACUGGCGAGAUGGCACCGUGUUGAAAAGUCCAAACAGUGUCUGUGAGUUAAAAUGGCCGCCAUCCAUUGUUCUCACCAUGUGCUUCUGAUACAGGAAAUGGUGGCCACCCAGUAACUCCACAGUAUGUCCCCAGAUGGUUCUUAAAGGGCCAGCAGCAGCACAACACAAAUCCAUUAUGCCCAAAUCAUGUCUUUAAAGGGCAAUACAUCCCAGGGGCCAUAGUCACAGGGCAAGAGGCGGGCAAGCAGUCCUCUCCAGGCACAAGUGGCGAAGGGCACUUCGUCACACAUCUUCCCUUUGGGGGGAAGACUAAACAGGUACCUGACCUUCUGCCGGUCAGUACCUAGAUUAGUCGGGCAGCCCACCCACAAAGAAAAAUACGCAGAGUAACCCCCCACAAUAAAUGGUACUGGCCUGUAGGUUCAAGUUUGUAGUGGGACAGCGCAGCACUCUCGGUCUCCCUGGUGCAGCUAGGCAAACUGCUGGUGUUGCUUGGGGGGCAGAGGCCAGCGGCGCUCUGCCCUGCUGCCAGCUCUUCCACUGGGGUAACCCGUGGUAAGUCAGGCUCUGAUACAGUGGAAAAGGGGGGGCAGAGGCUAACAGAGCUCUGCCCAGAGGCCAGCUCUUCUGCUGGGAGGUGGUCAGUGGGUAUCGCAGGCUCAUCCACUGCCCCCAGGACCCGGUUGGGAUGUAGCUGGGGAGGGGAAGUUUUGCUUACCUCCUCCUCCUGGCAUCCCUGCGGGGUUGGUUGGGGAUCUGGACUGCCCGUCCAGCCUCCCUGUAGGACUGGCACAGAGACCGCGGUCCCAUCUGCGCCAGUGUGGUUAGGUUUGUCUUCCCCCUCUCCCGGUAUCUCUGGCUGCUGUUGGAGGGGGAGGCUGGUUGCCCCCACUCCCCAGGACGCUGGUUGCUGUAAGGUGGAGGGAUCGACCAUCACCUCCUCCUGGAACUCAGGCCGCCGCUGGGGAGAGAGACCAGUUGUCUCCUCUCCCUGUAUAUUAUGCUGCCGCUGGGGACCUGGGCUGGCUGCCCAGCAUCCCUGUAGGGCCGGCAGAGAGACUUCGGUCCCAUCUCCGCUUGCCAUCUCUGUGUGUCCCCAGGACAAGUCUAUGAGGUCGCCCACCUCCGGCUGCUGUUGGAGAGGGAGGCCGGUUGCCUCCCCUCCCCAGGACGCUGGUUGCUGUACGGGGGAGGGAUCUACCAUCACCUCCUCCUGGAACUCAGGCCGCCGCUGGGGAGAGAGACCGGUUGUCUCUUCCCUCUGUACGGUGCACUGCCGCUGGGAUGGGAGGUCGCUGCUCUCCUCUCCCUGUAACUCACUCUGUCGCUGGAGACGGGGUGUCAAUACCCCCAAACUCCACAGUUGGUACUCGAAGUUCCGUGCGUCUUGGUUCUCAGCACUCAACAUGCGCAUCACUUGAUGGACCACCUCAUCUGAAGGGUUUGGGCCAAACCAGACCAGCCGCGCCUUUACUUCCUUCAUGAAAUCAGCACCCUCAUAGCACUGUGACAGGCGGAUUUGCAAUUCACUGGCUGCUGUCCAGGGUCUUGCUAGCUCCAUGUUGCUGUAGGUAGGGACGCUGCGCAGAGGCUAGCGUUGCCCUCAAUUAUAAAUCCGUAACUCCACACGUUACCGGUGUCUCCGAGCUGCUGGUCCUCGCACUAGGACGCCAUCCCGCCGCUGCCACCAAAUGUGACGGAUGCUCCUAGUGCUCGCUGAGGACUCCAAGCACUCCAACCGACACCAUUAGCACUGCAGACCCCACUUCCAGCGAUGCAACUGCGCCGGGGUCUCUGCUGUUUCCACCCACCCUGGACCCAAGGCCAGGAUCCAGCUUCCAGUGGGUGAACCUCUCUUUCCCCAGAGAGCAGGAACAGGAACAAAUCAAGCUAUUGCAAGAGCUUCCUCUGGGGAGUAAGUGAUUAUAGCAAUCCCCAGAGUGUAGGUAUCCCUUCCCCCAAACAUGAGCCAAGGCUUAAUGCUGGAACAAGACUGAUUUACUGGCACACAGAACUCACAAUUUAUGCAACACAAAACUCCUCCUCUGGGCCAGGCUAGAUAAUUGAGUUUCUGCAAUACACAAAGCUCAAUUAUCUGCUGGCCAGAAAUAAUACAGUUUCAUAAAACACACAGGGACCCCAAAACAUGCAAUAACCCCAUAAAAAGUAUAUCCUUGGAACCGGGGGAUCUGGGUGAACCACAUAUCCAAAAUUCACCCAGAUCCGUUCAGUACUUUGGAAAAUACAGUUUAAUGCAGAUUCUGCAGAACAUAUACAGGCUAAAUGAAAAACAAUCACUGUAUAAUGUGUCCCCUGCUGUAUAGUCCAAAACCACUGCACGAUGUCUCUGUGCACCAAAUACUGGCGAGAUGGCACCGUGUUGAAAAGUCCAAACAGUGUCUGUGAGUUAAAAUGGCCACCAUCCAUUGUUCUCACCAUGUGCUUCUGAUACAGGAAAUGGUGGCCACCCAGUAACUCCACAGUAUGUCCCCAGAUGGUUCUUAAAGGGCCAGCAGCAGCACAACACAAAUCCAUUAUGCCCAAAUCAUGUCUUUAAAGGGCAAUACAAACCAGGGGCCAUGGUCACAAGGCAAGAGGCGGGCAAGCAGUCCUCUCCAGGCACAAGUGGCGAAGGGCACUUCGUCACACACUCCACACCCCAAUAUUUUUAUUUGGGUAGCCCACAAAAUAUUGGGACAAACAAAAAAAGAAACAUUUGCGGCCUGCACAUAGUGUACGUAGUAUACUAAGUGACCCAUAGGUUGAGGAGGCGGUGACCGUGGCGGUAUAGGUGGAAGAGGCGGUGGAGGAGGCGGAUGAGGUAGCCAACACUGUUUUUUAUAUAUAUAUAUAUUUUAUUUUAUUUUUUUAUUGGGGUAGCCCCCAAAAUAUUGGGACAUAUAAAAAAGACUCUGUUCCGCAGAGUAGCUGUUGACAUUAUAGUUGCGCAGGCACUUUGUUGACUCUAGAGAACCUCGGGCCAAUCGCACAUCCCCGUGACGGCGACUUUGCAUUUGGAUGUCAUCCAUAUCAACUUUUGAUGCCAGUUUCUGCGCCUACCAUGGUGACCACGGAGAAUCAGGGUUCCAUUCCGUACAGGGACCCUGAGAAAUGGCUACCACAUGCAAGGAAGGCAGCAGGCGUGCAAAUAACCCACUCCCGACGCGGGAAGGUAGUGACGACAAAUAACAAUUCAGGACUCGUUAGAGUCCCUGUAAUUGUAAUGAGUCCACUUGAAAUCCUUUAACUCUGAUCAACUGGAGGAAAGUCUGGUGCAGAGCCACUGACCCGUGCAUGCUGCAGCUGAAACUCCACUAUCGUCUGCUGCUGCUCAAACAGUCUCAUGAGGCAGUGAGCGGGAAGGCCGAAGUUACGCUGCAGUGCAGACAGGCGAGCAGCAGCAGGGUGAGAACGCCAAAAGCGCGCACAGCCGCUACAGUGAAUGUCACAUCCUGUUCCAAGUUGCGGAUCAGUCUGGUGAUGGCUUCUGGUAUCCAGUACUCUUUUUACUGAAGCUUCAUCAGGGUCCUGGUAUGUGGCCGCACAAACGCUGGUGCUCAACACCAGGGGGCGUGCGGUUACCCUGCACCAGAUCCUGCUAAUUAAUUCCACACUGUGACCCCUAACUUCAGCAUCAGGCAUACUGGGUCCCGGUCAUCCGACCGCCGCACAGACCCUGUCUGGGUCCUGGUCACUGGACUGCCCACCUGACUGUGAAACUACGAAUGGAUUGUUAAAUCUGGUAUGAACCCGAACUUUGUAGUUCGGGUUCGCUCAACUCAGUUAUGGAUCCUUUGAUCGCUACAUGUAUUAUUUGGAUAACUGGAAUUUCUCGAGCUAAUACAUGCCGACGAGCACUAGGGGACAGCCACUCCGCUUUUGCACCCUUCUCCCUCUUAUGCUGUGCUGGUGCCUCUGUGCGACAAGCGCCUCUUCCUCCAAACUGCACACGUCACUCGCAUGACCUUGAUUCCAUGUGGGGUCUAGGACCUCAUCAUCCUCCACAUCAUCUUCCACCCACUCCUCAACCCUGCCCUCCUUGCCGGUAUGCACACUGCAGAAAGCCACAGCAGUUGGCACCUGUGUUUUUCCAGCAUGUAAAGUCUGCAUAUGGAAAUUGUUUUAGAAUUGUAUCCAAGCAACAGUUUUCCCUAUAAACUGACCUCUCAGUUUGACUUGUGAGGGUAUUGCCCCAGAAUUACAAUAUUGUUCAAGUACCUCUUAGCUAUUGAUAACUGGUUUAAAUAUAGCAGCUUGUUAUCUGGUAGUUUCUAGUGUAGAAAAUAUUAAUCUGUUUUCUAUCACUUAGAUCUGUGUAACAAGUGUUGUAGGUGUGAAACAAUAUUACAAGUGACCAAUGUAGUAAAUUCGAAUCAAAGUUCCAUUUGCAAAAAAAAUUAUCGCCCAUCUUCUGUGGGUUAUUGCAUUUUUAAGAUGCAGACUUAUUGUAUCACACUAGCCAUACACAGGUAGAUUGUCUGGCACGUUUUGGUGUUUGGUGUUUGGUGUUUGGUUUUUAACUUUGUAGUUGUGUCUUUACACAAUAUAGAAAUGUAUAUUAAUGCUUCUGUAUAUGAAGCGAUCACACUAACACUUAUUUUUCACUUUUAAAAAAAAAAUCAGGCUACACAAAAAUUGGUAAUUCACAAUAUGACAUCUGAAAAGCACAUGAAAGGAUGCUGUAUGAUUAAAAAAAAAAAAAAAAAAAACACUACACGAAGGUCCUAGAGUGUGUAUUCAUGAAUGUAACCAGUAAAAUUUUGUUUUACAGCCACUGGUUGGCCCAUACAUAUUUUAAAACUUGUUUAAUUUUGUUGUAGCAUGACUUGUAGAUAUGAAGAGCAGGCCCCAAAAUGUAUUAUUUAGCAGAUUAGCACCCAGAAAAUAAGAAUGUUUACCACUGUGCUGUAAGCCCACUAUUAGACGCUUCUAUUUGACUCUCAGAUAUGAAGUGCACACCCCAAAUUUACUAUUUAGCACAAAUUUUUUUUUUUUUUUUUUUAUUGACUUUUUAAAACUCCAAUGUAAGCAGCAGAUUAGCAGCAAAACAAUUAGAAUGUUUACAACUGGGCAGUAAGCGCACUAUUUGACGCUUCUAUUUGACUCUCACAUAUGAAGUGCACCGCAGUCCGCAAAUGUACUAUUUAGCAGAUUAGUACCCAGAAAAUAAGAAUGUUUACCACUGCGCUGUAAGCACACUAUUAGACGCUUCUAUUUGACUCUCAGAUAUGAAGAGCAGGCCACAAAUGUACUAUUUAGCAGAUUAGAACCCAGAAAAUAAGAAUGUUUACCACUGCACUGUAAGCACACUAUUAGACGCUUCGAUUUGACUCUCAGAUAUGAAGUGCAUUCCGCAAAUGUACUAUUUAGCAGAUUAGAACCCAGAAAAUAAGAAUGUUUACCACUGCACUGUAAGCACACUAUUAGAUACUUUGAUAUUUACUCUCAGAUAUGAAGAGGAGGCCCCAAAAUGUACUAUUUAGCAGAUUAGCACCCAGAAAAUUUGAAUUUUUACAAGUGCACUGUAAGCACACUAUUAGACGCUUCGAUUUGACUCUCAGAUAUGAAGUGCGCGCCCCAAAAUGUACUAUUUAGCAGAUUAGCACCCAGAAAAUAAGAAUGUUUACCACUGUGUUGUAAGCAAACUAUUAGACAAUUCUAUUUGACUCUCAGAUAUAAAGUGCACCCCACUAAAAUACAAUUUAGCAGUUUAGCACCCAAAAAAUGUUAAGUUUUAAAACUGCAAUGUGACAGCAGUAUUUGACGCUUCUAUUUGACUCUCACAUAUGAAGUGCACCCCACUAAUGUACUUUUUAGCACCCAAAAAUUUUUACGUUUUAAAACUGCAAUGUGACAGCAGUAUUUGAUGAUUCUGUUUGACUCUCAGAUAUGAAGUGCACCCCACUAAUGUACUAUCCCACUAAUGUACUAUUUAGCACAAAAAAAAUUGACUUUUUAAAACUCCAAUGUAACCGCGGUAUUUGAAGCUUCUAUUUGACUCUCAGAUAUGAAGUGCACCCCACUAAUGUACUAGUUUGCAGAAUUCUUUCCUAAGCUGCAGCAUCCUCUCCCUACACUAAUAAGACCGCAUUUGCGUGCGGCGCUACGCGACUCCAGCUUAUAUAUAGAGGCUGGGUAACAUGCUGCACUGGCCAAUCACAGCCAUGCCAUUAGUAGGCAUAGCUGUGAUGGCUUCUAAGGGCACAUGAGUCCUGCAGCCUUUGAAAACGCGCCAUUAAAUCGCCGAACACCGAACUCCAACCCGAACAUACAGUGAUAUGUCCGUGUUCGGGUCCGGAGUCCAAAAAAUUUAAUGUUCGGUACGAACAGUUCGCUUAACUCUAGUGAAGAGAUCUCCCAACUGCACAUGUGUGCCCAAUGCACUGUUCUAGCAUUCCUAGGGAAUGGACACUGGUUGGUUAGAUCCUCUGGAGUGCCCCUCUGGAGCGUGUGAAAAGCGUAAAAUAGCAUAAGAAAGAAGAAACAGGUAAAUAUAGGUAAAACAAAAAUCAGAUUUACCUUGUUUUUUUCAGCCUCCAUAGUGAGGUGACUGUCUCAUUCAAAGUUAAAGCUUUUGAAUGAGAUAGCUGUCUCAAAGUAAUGCAUGUCCCUUUAAUAAAUGUUAAUAAAAUAUGAUGUACAUACUCAAGCCUUAUUUACUUGUAAAGUACUGAGCUGUACUGUUUAUUUGUUUCAUGUACAGGGCGAAGAUUGGUGACCGUUAUGCCAGGAAUGCUGGUUACAAUCAGGUUGCAGAUUUGAAUAAUUUAAUUAUCCUGUAUCCACAAGCAAAAUCCAAUUUAACUAAUCCUAAUGGAUGCUGGGACUGGUAAAUACACUUAAAUAUGUAUAUUGCUGUAUAAUACAUUCCAUAUUUUAACUAACUUAUACCUAAAAUAAAAAUAAACUUGAAAAUACUAAAAAAAUAUGACUAAUUUUACAAUAUCAGUUGUUCCAUGAUAAUUCUCUGUCUCAAAUAUGAUCUCAUAUUUAGCUAUUGAAAUAGUCAUUCUAAAGUUUUAAAGUUUAAUCCCAGAGAUGAUUUUUUCUGUGUGUAGGGUCACUUCCCUAAACUGGCAAUCAGCCAGCUGGAAUACUCUCUUUCUUACUUCCUGGUUAUGGGCAAUGUUUGCAUUUGUUAGAACACACAGGUUGCACAAAGACAUUUGCUAACCCCAAACUCCUUGGACAGGCUUCCCAUGGCUGGGGGAUUGUGCAUACACAGUGUCAAAGAUCAUACAGCCAGGCUGUAAGGCAAUUUAACUCUCCAACUCAGAUAAACCAAAACAUUCCUGGCUAAUCAUGGCAGCAUCACUUAUGGGUAACGCCUCCUUUAGUUGUCACAGGACAGGAAUAAUUAGAAUAAUUAAUUAGACUGAUAGGUAUAAAGAGAUCCUCCUCCCCCUACACCUCAGUCUAGGAGUAGUUCUACCUCCUCGUGCUACCAUAGAAUCUGGGAUACAUUCAGAGAAUGGGCAACAGACAAGAACGUUGACUUCUUGCAACCUCGCAAUACUCAGAUCCUGGAUUUCCUCCAAGAAGGUCUGGAGAAGGGCCUUAGCCUCAGCACUCUUAAAGUUCAGUCUUCUGCUCUUUCAGCAUUAUGCAAUACCUCAUGGGCCUCAGAUCCUUUGAUCUCAAGAUUCUUUAAGGCAGCUUUCAGGUUAAGACCUCCUUCCAGAUCCAGUACUCCUCCUUGGGAUCUUCGUCUUGUUCUCAACUACCUGACGGAUGACCUGUUUGUUCCCCUUGCAAAUCUGGACACUACUCUUCUAAUUUACAAGACUUUGUUUUUAGUGGCAAUAAUUUCCGCAAGAAGAAUUUCUGAGAUUAAAGCCUUUUCUACCAUGAACUCCUGCUUACGGAUCUAUCAGGAUAGGGUGUGUUUAAAACCAAAUCCUGAGUUUUUUGCUAAGGUGGUCUCUCAAUUCCAUCUUUCACAAAAAGUGGUUCAUUCAUCAUUCUACCCUAAUCCAACUUCUCGUAAAGAAGCAAGGUGGCAAAGUUUGGAUGUCUCAAUACCUUCUCCAUUCAGAGUCAUACAGAAAGACUGAACAACUAUUCGCUCUACCUUCUGGAGCUAGAAAGGGGAAAGCAGCUUCUAUAUCCACAUUGAAACUUUGGAUUUCACUAAUAAUCAGGAAGGCUUAUAUCUCAAAUGGUCAGUCUCCUCCACGGAGAUAAGGACUCAUUCUACCAGAGCACUGUCAACUUCAUGGGCUAACUGGGCAGAGGUUCCAUACGAUGAUAUUUGCAGAGCAGCCACCUGGUCUUCCCCGACGACGUUCAUAAAACACUACAAACUAGAUGUGGCCCCCUCUUCCACCUCCAUGAUUUGCCAGGAAUAGAGAAAAUUUAUGACAAACUUACCAUAAUUUUCUUUUCCUGGCUAUUUCUCAUGGCAGCAUCAGGGUUCCCACCCAUUCUUUUUUCCUUUUCAGCUAUUUAAUUGGAGUGAGGUGUAGGGGGACGAGGGACUCUUUAUACCUAUCAGUCUAAUUAAUUAUUCUAAUUAUUCCUGUCCUGUGACAACUAAGGGAGGAGCUACCCAUAAGUGAUGCUGCAAUGAGAAAUAGCCAGGAAAAGAAAAUUAUAGUAAGUUUGUCAUAAAUUUUCUCUAUUUUAUUUUAUGUUCCAUCAAAAUUAGUGUAAAAGGCUGCCAGCUGCUGCUGGAUUACAAAUCCUUUCAUGCUCAGUGAGAUUCUGUCAUGAUUCGGUAGCUCAACACGCAGAACUUGGAUCAGUGUCUAUAGGAAGAAUACAGCACAUUACUGUUCAGAAGAAUGGCCGGGCUGAACGACACAAAAAAAGAGAUUCCCCCAAUAACGAGACGACACUUCGUUUUGAGGUCAAGCAGAACUGACAGUACUGGCACAUACAGCCUCUUUUAUUCACAAUCCACAAACAUAGUACUGCCCACAGGGUUUUGAAAUACAACCAAUCAUUCCAUACAAUACACACAGACACUGCCACACAAAAUCCUCCCCUCUGCCUGUGAUAUGAUUAUUGAACACAAUGUUUAAUAUAAUUAUCACAGGCAGAGAAAUACAGUAUCAUAAAACACAUCACAGGGACCCCAAAACAUGCAAUAACCCCAUAAAAGUAUAUCCUCGGAACCGGGGGAUCUGGGUGAACCACAUAUCUAAAAUUCACCCAGAUCCGUUCAGUAGUUUGGAAGAUACAGUUUAAUGCAGAUUCCGCAGAACAUAUACAGGCUAUAUGAAAAACAAUUACUGUAUAAUGUGUCCCCUGUUGUAUAGUCCAAAACCACUGCACAAUGUCUCUGUGCACCAAAUACCGGCAAGAUGGCACAGUGUAGAAAAGUCCACACAGUGUCUGUGAGUUAAAAUGGCCGCCAUCCAUUGUUCUCACCAUGUGCUUCAUCCAUUGUUCUCACCAUGUGCGUCUGAUACAUGAAAUGGUGGCCACCCAGUAACUCCACAGUAUGUCCCCAGAUGGUUCUUACAGGGCCAGCAGCAGCACUACACAAAUCCAUUAUGCCCAAAUCAUGUCUUUAAAGGGCAAUACAUCCCAGGGGCCAUAGUCACAUGGCAGGAGGCUGGCAAUCAGUCUUCUCCAAUGCCCAGUGGCGAGGUCGGUUUCGCCACAGUAAUAAACUAGCCGAGGCCAGGAAUACAGAAAUACACAAAACACUAAAUGAGCCAAGGUCAAUACCAGCAAACCAAAGCUGCUCAUAUAGAAGGUGAUUUCAUUGAUAUUGAGAUUUUUACAAAAUACUACUUUGAGGAUGUAUUAGUUUAAGUGCUGCUUAUGUGUUCAUUAAUACUAUUUAAAGCUAUUGUGUACUAAAGUUUUUAUCAGGGCCAACCAAGAUGGAAGUUAUAUUAUACAUAGGCUGUUUAGCAAGUAGCUGCCUCACUAUUCUGUUAUUUCAGAUGUAUCUUUUAACUCCAACCAGCCUCAGACAGAAUCUACCCCAGCAGAUCUACGAUAAUCGUGCAGCUAUGGUCUCUGCAUGCGUCACACAUGCACUUUGAUCUGGAGGCCGUGUCUCCUUGAGUUGGUGUGGACAGUGUAGAUGAGCCUUCUUAGGUACAGACGUUUGGACUUUCUAAGCACUACUGUAAAGUUCAUCUGUGCAGCCAAUGGCAGCAUCCCCCUAAUUAUAAAAUGAAGGCACAUUUAAUCUCAAUAUGAAUACAAUCACCCAUCUAUUGAGCAGCAUUUACCUAGAGAUUAUCUAUGAGAAUCAUUUCAAUUAACAAUACUUAGCAGUAAAGUUAAGUGCUGGGCAAAUCACUGAUGUUUUGUCUACUGGCAGUGGCACAACCCCAUACUUACAAUAUUUUCCUUCUCUCUAUUAGGUGGGGAUUCUCAAGUUAUGCAUAUGGUAAGUGAUUAUUGUAGCCUUAUAAUAAUUACUAUUUCCAUUUCUUAACCCCUUCAGGACGGAGUCAAUAGUGCACGUUCUGAUCAAAACAAAACGUAAACAAAAACUGGAAUUUGCGCUAUAUGUCUGUUCAACCGUAAUUCACCGCUGUCACAUUAAGUGCACGCACACUUAUUAUAUGUAAUUUUGUUCAGGAGAAACAGGGCUUUAAUUUAUCAUUAACUAUUCAUAUAUGGAACAUAAUUUAUUAUGAAUAAAAUUGUAAAAAAUUUGAGAAAAUAAGAUUUUUUUAAAAUUUGUAUUUCUGUCUGACAUUUUAGCUGUGAAUGUCAUAAUACUGUUAGGUUUUACUGCAAAAAAAAUGCACAUAUUUGUAAUCAGCGAUGUUUACAUUAACACGUUUUAUGGUGUUUUGGAAAGUUACAGGAUCAAAUAUAGAACGUUCCACUUUCAAAUUGAAAUUUACCAGAUUAGUAAUGUUACCUUUGAGACGGUAUGGUAGCCCAGGAAUGAGAAUUACCCCCAUAAUGGCAUACCAUUUGAAAAAGUAGACAACCCAAGGUAUUGAAAGUGGGGUAUGUUUAGUCUUUUUUAAUAGCCACUUAGUCACAAACACUGGCCAAAGUUAGCGUUCAUAUUUGUUUUUGUAUGAAAAAAGCAAAAAAACUAAUAUUUGGCCAGUGUUUGUGACUAAGUGGCUACUAAGAAGGACUGACAUACCCCACUUGCAAUACCUUGGGUUGUCUACUUUUGCAAAUGGUAUGCCAUUAUGGGGGUAAUUCUCAUUCCUGGGCUACCAUACGCUCUCAAAGGCAACAUAACCAAUCUGGCAAAUUUUAAUGUCAAAAAAAUGAAAUGCAAUCCUUAUAUGUGACUCUCUAACUUUCCAAAACACCAUAAAACCUGUACACUGUUAUUCUCGGGAGACUUCACUAAACACAAAUAUUAGUGUUUUAAAACAGUAAAACAUAUUACAACAAUAAUAUAGUGCAUAAAAGUGCCGUUCAUUUGUAAAAAAAAAUGCAAAAAACGUCACUUUUACUUAAAAUAUCAUCGUUGUAAUAUAAUUUAUCAGUUUGAAACACUAAUAUUUGAGUAAAACAGUACCCCCUAUGUACACGUUUUAUGGUGUCUUGAAGAGUUACAGGGUCAAAUAUAGUGCUUGCAAGUUAAAUUCUCCGCACUUUCUCCCUGUGUUGUCAGGCAUGUCAAUCAAAUUUUAAUUAAUCAAAUCACAUAAUUAUGUUAAUAGAUUACUUAAAUAUACAUGUAGAAUUGUAAUAUACAUGCAUUUAUAGGUAUUUAAAUUCUAUGUGUAUAUUAAUGUAAUCUUUUAUGUAAUUAUAUGUAUUUAUCUAUAUAUAUAAAUAUUUGCGGUUAUUUGUAUUUUAUAUAUAGAUAGAUAUAUAUAGAAUGUCAUUCUAAGUGUAUUUUGUUACCAAUAUAUAUAUAUAUUAAUAACAAAAUACAGUUAGAAUGAAAUUACAUAUGAAUAUAUAAUUUAUAUUAAAUUUUGUUUCAAUAUUUUAUUUAUUUUAUUAUUUUAUUUAUUUAUUAUUGUAAUUAUACUUGUAUAUAUAUAAUAUAUAUACAUAUUAUAUAUAUGUAACAUCAUUCUAAGUGUAUUUUAAUACUAAUAUAUGUACUUAUAUUAAUAUUAAAAUACACUACGUAUGAUGUUACAUAUUUAUAAAAUGUAUAUAUAUUAUAUAUAAUAUAUAUAUAUAUAUAUAUAUUUUAUAUAUACACAUAUACACAUAAUUUUUAUUUUAAACAUGUUUAAUUAAUUUAUUUUACACUUCCCACCAGCAGGAGGACUGUCUGACAUUUCAGACAGUCCCCCUGUUGGCAGAUCCAUUGCCAGCUAUAGGGGGCCAUGUGAUCGCUCUUGCCUGAGAGCGAUCACAUGGCCCCCGGGGGCCUCAUUUGCCGGUGGAGGGCUGCCUGGGUUGUCAGGCAGCCCUCCAGAAGAGGCUCGCGGCGGAGGUGAGUACCUCCGAUCUCCUGGGCCUGCAAGCCGUUACGGUGUUCUAUGCCACCGCAACGGCUUUAAAGCCCUUUUAAUGCGGGACGGCAUAGAACGCCGUAACGGCGUUAAGGGGUUAAAGGAUAACAAUCACUUCUCUGACAAUGUCACUAUUGAAGAAAACACUGAAAAUUACCUAUACAUUGUGUUAAAGUUUUUCAUACGAUGGUCUGGCUUCUUAUGAAAGUAUAUUAAUGUGUAAUUAAUGUCUUUUUUUAACCGCCUGUAAAUACCAUGUAAUAAAAAUAUAUAUUAUUAUUACUAUUUGUUAUUAUUUAUAUAGCACCAGCUUAUUCCGCAGGGCUUUAUUAUAAAUCAGUUCUCUUACAUUAAAUCAUAAUCAUUUAAAACUUUGUAUCUAUUUUAGCUAAUAAGAAUGGUUUCCAAAUGACUGGCGUUGAAAGAAUGAUGCUGAGAACCCUGGGCCAAUAUUAAAAUUACCAACAACAAAUGGAAUUGGAGAUGACGUGGGCAGAAUCUGCUGCUAGUGAAGAAGUGUUUUUUUGUAGUUUUUUUGCCAUUUGCUUUGUAAAUAUAGUGACUACUUGCAAAUGAAAAACAUAAUUUUUUUCCUUUUGAACAUCCAUAAAGACCAUUUCGUGUCUGUGACUAAUACAAAUAGUAAACAGUUUUCAUUCCAGGUAGAGAGAGUAUCUCCUGCAUCAGUACAGCUGACAGAAAAUAAUGGAAAUUGUCAAACAGCA